UCCAAACACACACAUAUUAUAAUAAUUGUGCCACCAAUAUAAUUAAUUAAGACAGCGAGCUGAGUCAAAAAAUGCCUCUUCAAUCCGAUUAUCCCGGCUGCCUGAAAACGGACCUCACAUUGGGCUUGCCCGGCGGCGCAGCCGCCGAGGUAUCCAAGUCCGGCGUCAAGCGCGGGUUUUCCGACGCGGUGGAUUUGAAACUGAGCACCAACUCCGACGAUGACGUCAGCGUUUCAACGCCACCUCCGUCCAAGGCUCAGGUAGUGGGGUGGCCGCCGGUGAGAUCAUACAGAAAGAAAACGACGGCGACGAAAAACGGGAAGUAUGUGAAAGUAGCAGUUGACGGAGCUCCGUUUCUCAGAAAAGUUGACCUCGAAACCUACGCUAGCUAUCAACAGCUCUUGUCUGCAUUUGAGGACAUGUUUACAUUCUUAACCAUAUGUAAUAAUGGAGUAAAUGAAGGGAAGAUGAUGGAUAGUGCAAAUGGGAUUGAGUAUGAGCCUACUUAUGAGGAUAGAGAUGGGGAUUGGAUGUUGGUUGGAGAUGUUCCUUGGAAGAUGUUUGUUGAAUCAUGUAAGAGGGUGAGGUUGAUGAAGAGGUGUGAGGCAAUUGGAUUAGGUAUAAGUUGAUAAAGAAGAGGUUGAAUUACUCCAUAUUGUUUGUAUAGGAGAUCUAGGCAUUCUUGUGAUGUCUUAAUUAUUAGUAUUAAUUAAGGAGUUUAUAUUACUAUACAUUCAAUUUCAGGAAUUUAAUGUAACAGAUAUAUCGAUGAAGUGCUUGACUAAAGUUAUUAAAUUAUUAGGGGAUA